AAUCUCCAGGCAGACCCAUAAUCGAAACGGCAUCCUCGCGCACAAGUGUCACCAUGAGCUCGGACGCUUCCCCCGUAGCGAAAGACGCAGACGGUAGCGCGAGCCCUUUAACCCUCAACUCGCCUCUCAGCGUACGCGUGGAGCCCGCAGACGCCCCCAAAACGCCGCUGCUGAACGUGCACGAGGAGGCGGAGCAUCUGUAUCCGGCUGUGAUCGAGUGGUCUCGCCCCUGCGAGUCUGUCGGCGUCACUGGCAGCUUCAACAAUUGGGGCUCGCAGAUCCUCCUCAAGAAGCAGAAAACCACGGACAAUGACUCCCCCCUCUUCAGUGUCAAGCUCUGGCUGCCUGUGGGUACACAUUUAUUCAAGUUCUGCGUUGACGGAGCGUGGCAAUAUGAUCCCGAGGUGACAUUCGCUCCGGAUGAGUACGGAAACCUCAAUAACUUUAUCAAGAUCGCGUCCAACGUGGACCCUCAGACCAAGGAAAAGCCUGUACAGCGUGCUAUCCGUACCAUCAUUCGAGAUGCCAAUGAGGGACUACCCGUCAUGAACCCCGUGGCCAGUGAGGAGCUCAUGAAGCUCCGACUACAGAACUCUCCAGUGCUUAAAGGCCAGCGAUCUCCCAGCUCCAAGCGCCACAUCAGUCGACCAGAUCCGACACGUCCACUUACAGCGCCUCGUAAACCCCAAGAGACGGAGGACUCAGAGUACGGAAUCGAAGUGAGCAAGCGACGUAUGAGUAACCACAACAUCGCUAUGGCUCGACCUCGAGCGGGAACGUUGACACGCUCUAAAAGUGAGGAAUCGCUGAGUCACGCAGCGUCCAACUCGAACUUGGCCGCUGCUGAUGUGGCGGUCGCGGCCACACCGAAGUACACGAACUACAUUGACGACAUUGCCAAUUCGGUGCUUUUAGCAGCCACGACGCAGCAUUUCGGCGGAGAUUUAGUGACGCACGAGCACAAUACGCGCGCUCAAUUAGGAGGCCACCGAUCCGUGUUGGUGCAAGGCCCACAGACUGCAAAGCAGACGGCGCCACAGCAACGUAGCGGCGGUAAACUCAUGAUCUUCCUGGUGGGUCUUCCUGGUCGCGGGAAGACGUACAUCGGCCACAUUCUAGCGCGGCACUUGACGUGGAUGGGACACCAGUCGCGCACGUUCAACACGGGCGAAUAUCGCCGCAGACUGGUCGGAUCCAACGUGAACCACGCCUUCUGGGACCCGUUCAACGAGGAAUCGUUCCAGAUCCGCACCGAGCUGUCGAAAAAGUGUCUGGAGGACUCGAUCGCGGCGCUGGAGAGCAACGACUGCGACUGCGUCAUUUUCGACGCCACGAACGUGACGCGUAAACGUAGGCAGAUGCUGCUGAGCGAGGUGCAUCAACGCUACAAGUGCGAGAUGAUGUUCAUCGAGUCCGUGUGCGACGACCCGGACCUCAUCGCGUCCUCGAUCAACGAGAUGAAGCUCAACUCGGCCGACUACGCUGGCCAGACGAUGGAGGAGGCCGCGGCAGACUACAACAACCGCAUCAACCACUACCAGUCGCUGUACGAGCCGCUUGCCGCUGACCUGGAAGGCGCCCCGUUCAUCAAGAUCAUCGAUGUAGGGCGCCAGAUCUUUUGUAACCAGGUGUACGGCUACCUGCAGUCGCGUAUCAUGUUCCUGAUGGCCAAUCUGAACCUCAAGCCACGUCCGAUCUGGCUCAGUCGCCACGGCGAGAGCAUGUACAACACACAGAAGCGUAUUGGCGGUGACGCACCACUCAGUCCUCUAGGCGUGCAGUACGCGGAACAACUCGACCGGUUUAUCGACGCGUACUACCCCACGCCGGACACAGAACUCGCUGUCUGGACGUCGACGAUGCUGCGUACAGGAAUGACCGUCGAGCGCAUUGCAGCGCGUGGGCGAUCGAUUGUCAAGUGGAAACAGCUAGACGAGAUCGAUGCCGGCAUCUGCGACGGCAUGACGUACGAGCAGGUGGCCGAGGAGAUGCCGGACGAGUAUCUGGCGCGCAAGAACAACAAACUACACUACCGGUACCCGCGUGGUGAGUCGUACCAGGACGUGAUCCACCGUCUAGAACCGGUCAUUACCGAGCUCAUGCGAAUGGACCAGCCAGUGCUCAUUGUGGCGCACCAGGCGAUUCUACGUGUGCUGUACGCGUAUCUGACCAACAAGUCUCCGCACGAGUGUCCUACACUCAACAUCCCGCUGCACAUGGUCAUUCAGGUGACGCCCAAAGCUUACAAGUGCGAGGAAGUGUGGCAUCGCCCCAUGUAGACAAAAAACUGAAACCUGACCAGAUCUCGUUGAUCUAGCCUCUUCAUUCUGUCUCCAGACCUAGAUAAUACACCUCUAAGCGGUUGUUGUUGGUGCCCAAGGUUUGUUCGUCCAGUCUGCACUCCAGUUUGGUCUCUUUAGCCACGAAAUCCAGAAAUUUGUCGAUACCGUCCUGGUUGCGUCGCUCGACGCCCAUGAGGACGAUGCACUUGGGGUUGGCUAAGCACAAGAGCUCCAUUGUCUGCGCUAGUGCACGCCACGAGGUGCCGUACAGCAGCUCGUAGAUGCAGUCGCACGACAGCACCACGUCCACCUGUUCGUUGGAAUAUUGAGCCAAAUAUUCCUUCGUCUGCUGCACGCCCCAGCUCAGCGGUCUCGCUACAAUUCCCCCUUUAUCCUCGACGUCUUGUUCGCCAUUGGGAAGGUUCAAAACCUCCGCAUUGGCAGCCAGAUUUACGUGCAUGAGUCGAAGCAGCUCGUCCUGCUCUGUCAGCACCACGUGCUUAGCACCCGCGACUCGCGCCGCCAUGCCCGGCACGCCGCUGUAUUAAAAAUGCAUUAAAUUAUCAUUUCUUUUCCUGAG